GUGCUUCUCCGAUCUUGUUGCAUGGACGGCGAGUGGAGCGACGGGGCGGUGUCCGGCGGCGAGCAGAAGGCCAGCGGGGACGGCGUUUCGGCGGACCGCAACAGCCCGGGGUCGCCUUCGCCACCGGCGGUGCCGUCGACUAGCGGGAGGAGGCGAUCGUUGCAGAAGCGAGUGGUGACCGUGCCUCUCGCCGACCUGAACGUCCCGCGGCCCAAGGGCGUCGGCGAGGGCAACACGCCGACCGACUCGUGGGCGUGGCGGAAGUACGGCCAGAAGCCCAUCAAGGGCUCACCCUUCCCAAGGGCUUACUACCGGUGCAGUAGCUCCAAGGGGUGCCCGGCGAGGAAGCAGGUGGAGAGGAGCCAGGCCGACCCGGACACGGUGCUCAUCACCUACUCCUACGAGCACAACCACUCCAGCACGGCGGCGAGGGCGCAGAGCCGCCCGACACCGACACCGAAACCCAGCAAGGAGCGGCCGCUCCCGUCGCCCGAGCCAGCGAAAUCCGACGGCACGCACCAUGGCACCGCCAACGUUGCCGGCGGUCUAGUCACCGCGAGCCCGGCGCCGGCCAUCGAGGUGCACGACGAUUUCCGGUGGCUCUACGACGUCGUGUCGGUCACCUCGUCUACCUCGCCCUCCGAAGUCGAGGCGGCCGACGACAUGCUGCUGUACGGGCCCAUGUUCUUCGGCAAAGCGGUGGUCGAGGUCGACACGGCCGCGCUCCUUCCGGACGAGUUCGGCGGCGAGGCCGUCGGCCGGGAAGGAAGCGAAGAAGACGACGCGAUGUUCGCGGGGCUCGGCGAGCUGCCGGAAUGCGCCAUAGUGUUCCGGCGGCAAUAUGCCCGCGACGGCCUGGCGGCAAUGGCAGGAGGGGUCAAGGUCGAGCAGCCGGCGGAGGGCACUGCCAUGACGUGAGCAUGUCUUGUCUGACAUGUGGGACAGGCCUCCAAUAAGAUGGAUCGAGCGGACAAAAUUGCAGUUUUAGUUUCAUGUUCGUUCUCUUGCGCUUUUGUUGGUUAGUUUUCUCACCUUCUUUUGGUAUACCUUCUUUUGCUCAUACAUUAGCAAAGUUUUAAAUAGCGCGCUAAGCAUCUUAGCGGCGGACCUCUUUCAAAUGCUAUAGCGUGCUAUAGCGGAGCUAUAGCGCGCUAUUUAAAAUAUUUUUGUUUAUUUGUUUGGACCAAAGUUUUUUAGCGCAAGACCUUUUUUAAACGCUAUAGCGUGCUAUAGCGGAGCUAUAGCGGGCUAUUUAAAACAUUGUACAUUAGCACACAGAAGAAUCUGAGGUCAUUACGAUUGCACAUAUUGAUUGGACGAGAGAUUGAGAGGGAUACAAGCCCCUUUUGUCAAUGGUUUGGUUGAAUCAUUUGUCUUGUAGUAGUAUUCAUCAAUUCAAUACUCCGGUCGCCGGUAGAUACACACAAAUAAAAAGUGGUGAGCAUUAGAAGAUCUUCAACUUUUGCACUGCUACGUUGUACAUUGCCUAGGUCAAGGUCAUUGUCAUGACGCAUGAAGAGGAUAAGCUUGAAUUCCUCAUG